AUGAGCGAAUUAUCAAGUCUCAAGUGGUCAAAUCAAGGGCGGAAAAGGAUAGGAUUAAAAAUCGAAAAUUUUCGAGCAAAAAGUGAAAGAGAUUUAGAAGAAUUAAAUAAUGAAAUAGAAAAGCUUACAAAAGAAAUUAAACUCGAAGAUAGUAAGCGCAAUUUGGUAGAAACUAAACAGAAAAAAAUUCAUCGGCGAAAUUCUCUUAGAAAAUUUGGAGGUGAUGAGGAGCAAGAAUUUCAAAUUACACUGACGAUGAGCUCGAUGCAAUGGACAAAAGAAAAUACAAAUUCCAAUCCAAAUCUAAGUGUUUUGGAAGAUUAUCGUAUUCGUGAGAAAGAUGUAAAAGGAAAACGAUUGUUAACGAUUGGAAGAAUUCAUGCAUGGGUUCACUUUAAUAUCUCGGAAAUGUAUCAGAUGAUUACUCUUGGAGGACAUACCGAGCUUGAAUGUUGCGACAGCUUGGAUCCUUUUUCUGAAGGCAUUAUUUUUAGUGUUAUGCUUCCGAAAGAGUUGGAAAGUUUUUUGGUGGAGAAAGUACCAAAAUUAAAUCAAAGACAUUUAACGGAGAUAGAUACUGGAAAUUAUUCAACAAGAUCAUUAGGUCAUGAUCAAGCGGCAACAACAAAUGAUGCGUCAAAUUCUCGAACUCAAUUACCGGAAGAACCAACGGACGCUACGUACACGAAGAGAGAAAGUAAAUUGAGACUUACUUCAACUCCGUUAGUGGAUAGGGAGACAUAUAAUUUAGGUCAUACAGGAGAUCAAAAUUAUCAUCGACAAGAUGAUCAAAAUUAUGGUGAUGAAGCAACCCGUCAUAACACCCUUACUUCAGGAUACCCAAAUCAUUAUGAAAAUGAAUAUACUGAUAUAGAUUUCCCAGUGGUGGUAAACAUAUUUGAUUUUAAUUGUAAAGCUGAUGAUGUUAAUAAUCCUGUUAUAAUGGAUUUUGUUGCCGCUUGUACGCCUGAUUCUGAAACAAAUGCUCCUCCUUUGAGACUUAGAGUUGACGUUUAA